CAUCGGCGGGCGGAAGCAGGAAGUCGAGCUCUGAGGCAGGAGGAGGAGGCGGCCACUGGAGUGGGUGAAGUGGCCGGGCCGGAGCGGUUUGGCGGUUGCACCGGGCAAGAUGGCGGAUCGAGAGGAGGCGCUGAGGGAGUUCGUGGCUGUGACCGGGGCCGAGGAGGAGCGGGCGCGCUUCUUCCUAGAGUCGGCGGGCGGGGACCUGCAGAUUGCCCUGGCCAGUUUUUAUGAGGAUGGAGGUGAUGAAGACAUAAUCACGCUCCCACAGCCAGCUCCCAGCUCUGUUAGUAGGGGCACUGCACCCAGUGACCACAGGGUGACAUCAUUCCGAGACCUUGUCCAUGCUCAGGAAGAGGAGGAGGAGGAGGAGGAAGGACAACGGUUUUACGCUGGGGGUUCAGAGCGAAGCGGACAGCAGAUUGUUGGUCCACCAAGGAAGAAGAGUCCCAACGAGCUGGUGGAGGACUUGUUCCGGGGGGCCAAAGAGCAUGGAGCCGUGGCCGUCGACAGAGCAGCCAAGAGCCCCGGGGAAGGUGGCAGGCCAAAACCCUUUGCAGGCGGAGGGUACCGCCUGGGAGCUGCUCCAGAGGAACAGUCUGCUUAUGUUGCUGGAGAGAUGAGACAGAACGCCGCCCAGGAUGUGCAUGUUGUUCUGAAGCUGUGGAAGAGCGGGUUCAGCCUGGACAGUGGAGAUCUGAGGAGCUAUCAAGACCCAUCCAACUCCCAGUUCCUGGAAUCCAUCCGCAGGGGGGAGGUCCCUGCGGAGCUUCGCCGGUUGGCACGCGGUGGGCAAGUGAACUUGGACCUGGAGGAUCAUCGCGACGAGGAUUUCACAAAGCCCAGAGGUGCCUUCAGGGCUUUCAGUGGAGAAGGACAGAAGCUGGGCAGCACUGCCCCCCAGGUGAUGGGUGCAAGCUCCCCAUCUCAACAGGCACAAAACGAAGCCAGAGCCAUUUCCUCCGUGACCAUUGACGAGUCGGAGCCCACCGCCAACAUCCAGAUCCGCCUGGCUGAUGGCGGGCGGCUUGUCCAGAAAUUCAAUCACAGUCACAGGAUCCGUGAUGUUCGGCUCUUCAUAGCAGAUGCCAGGCCCGCCAUGGCUGCCACCAGCUUCGUCCUCAUGACCACUUUCCCAAACAAAGAGCUCUCGGAUGAGGACCAGACCCUGAAGGAAGCCAACCUGCUCAAUGCCGUCAUUGUCCAGCGGUUAAUAUAAGGGCACCUGCUCCACCGGCUGUCUGGGCCCACCGUGUGGCAUGCCACGCAGGGCAGUGCCACGGCCAUGUCGUAGCGCUGGGUUCCAAGCUCUUGGGUUGGACUCUUUAGUUGCGUUUCCCACCGUUUGUUUUUAUUUGUGCUGAUCCAUGGACUUAAAAAAAAUAAAUUAAACCAAACACAAA